AUGAUUUUUUAUUUUUUUAGAACUUCAUGUGCAAUAAUGAAUGCACUGCAUUUGGCUAUUGCACAUAAUCAAAAUGAUAUUGCCGAAAUUUUAUUAAAAAAUGGUUUUAAUCCGAAUAUGCGAAUCAUAUGCCAAUGUAAACAUAAUUGUAUACAUUUCAAAAUUGCUUCACAAAUUGCACAUAGAACUUAUUCGACAAGUGUGGAACCGUGCAAUAUUUGCACACAAUUUUUAACUGCAUCAUUUGUUAAUAAAGUACCACUUUCAAUGGCUGUUGAAUUGCAUAAUACGGAGAUGGUUGCACUUUUGCUUUCUCAUGGCGCAGAUGUUGAUAUUGCUGACGAUGAAGGAAAUACGCCAUUAAUACUUGCAGUACGAGAAUCAAGAAUUUCUUGGCCUAUUGUGCAAAUAUUAUUAUUGUCAGCUGCACGGAUCGAACAGAAAAAUUUACGAGGAUUUUGCGCUUUAGAUCUUAUAUCAGAACUUAAAAAGAUCCAAUGUAGCUGUAUAGAAGAAGUUUUCAAAGUUAUUUGUAAUGAAACGAGUAAUCAAAGUGAAAGCCAAAAGAACAAUAUAACGAGGUCAUCAAGCAAAAAUUCACACAAGAAAGCUGCCGUCGAAGCUAUCGAAAACAAUUUAGCAGGCAAUUCAAAUGGAACUGAAAAGAAUUCGUGGGAAAUAUUAAAAAGACUUGCAAAGAAUAAUGAAUGCAUUGAUCCGAUUCUGACCUCGAUUGAACAAUAUCAAUCUGCAACUCCGUCUUAUCAUGACAUCGAAAGGAGAAAUUUUACCAAAAUUUUAAUAAAAAUCACAAGAUUUUGCUUUCACAACUUGCAGAAAAAUGGUGUAAAAAAACAGUUCACAGCGUUAAGCACUUUGAAUAAGGUGAUCGAUACAAUCCUUGUUCUAAAUCUUGCUGAUACACCUGAAACAAUUUUCCAGUCAACAAAUUUUUUAAACGGCCAAUGUGUGAAUUUUGGUGAAAUAAAUAACUCAAUGCCAAGUUAUUAUUUCACAUCUGAAAUUGGAAUUUUAAAUCAUGUUUCAAUUUUUCAAACAGUUAAUCAAGAAGCUUCUAAUGAAAUCUUACUAUCAUCUGUGGCAAACUCUGAUUUGAACAAAAUUAUCAUUUUAACUGCAUGUUUGCAUAAUGCAAUAACGAUGCAAAAUCGAGAAAUUUAUUCACGCUCGAUAUGUAGUCCUGCACAUCGAUGGCGACAGUGCUGGCGUCACUGCACUCAAAUUUUAAUCGCUCGACUAUUUCUAUUUCUUUGUCACUUGCAGAAAUUUCAGGAUUCACUUCAGGAUUUGAAUCAGCUAAAGACUCUCGUACAGAUUCUCGAUCCUACAUUAGAUCCACAGCUUCUUUGUUUGCUGCUGCAAUCAGUGGCAAUUAUUGCUUUAAAUCCCCGUACUCAUCGUCUUCUCAUUGAUAUACAAAUUGACGAUACACUUAUCCAAAUGCUUUUACCUGCUGAUGACUGGUAUUAUACAAAUCAUAGUACGAAAUACGGGCAUUUUGUGAAGUAUCAAGCUGCUAGGAUACUAAUUUAUAUUGGAAUGGGUGAUCGCGUGGGUAAUCGAAUUUGUUUAUUCCAGAUGUCAGAGACAACAGAAGAUGCAGCGAAUGCAGCGAGUAAUGCCAGUGAGGACGAUUAUAUUUGUAAAGUAUGCUCAACCGUUUUUACUGCAAGUCGAUUUGGUAGAUGUGCUUGCUCACCUGAAGGAAUUUUGUGGCACAUUCGUACUGAAGUAUGGUUUUGA